AUGGAUCUAUGUGUGACCAUCAAAGGGGUCUCCUUCCUCUUGCAGACAGGGAUGGGCAUUCUAGGGAACAUGGUGGUGCUUCUGGCGUACGCCCACAUCAUUUUCACGGAGUCUAAGCUCCUUCCUGUGGAUAUGAUCCUCUGCCACCUGGCCUUCGCCAACCUGAUGCUGCUUCUGACCCGCUGCGUCCCCCAGACCAUGACUGUAUUCGGGCUCCGAAACCUGCUCAAUGACCCCGGCUGUAAGGUGGUUAUCUACGCCUACCGCAUCGGCCGGGCUCUCUCUGUCUGCAUCACCUGCAUGCUCAGCGUGUUUCAAGCAGUGACCAUUGCCCCUGCUGGGCCACAUUUGUCAAGGCUGAAGCCGGCCCUCCCCUCCCUUGUGCUCCCCACCUUCGCAGGACUCUGGCUCCUCAACAUGGCCAUCUGUAUCGCAGCCCCUUUCUUCUCCAUGGCUCCACGGAACGGCACCAUCCCGGCCUUCACCCUCAACCUGGGCUUCUGCCACGUGGACUUUAGAGACAACCUGUCCUACGUGAUAAACGGGGUGGCUGUGUCUGGGCGGGACUUUGUCUUUGUAGCUCUGAUGGUGGGCUCGAGCGGCUACAUCUUACUGCUCCUCCACCGCCACAGCCACCAGGUGAGAGGUAUCCGUCAGGCUCAAGGCAGCAGCAGAGAGACCAGAGCGGCCAAAACAGUCGUCACCCUGGUGGUCCUCUACGUGGUCUUCUUCGGGAUUGACAACGUGAUCUGGAUCUAUAUGCUGACGGUGGCGAAGGUGUCGCCUGUGGUGGCUGAUAUGAGGGUGUUCUUCUCCUCCUGCUACGCCUCUCUCAGCCCGUACUUUAUCAUCUCCUCCAAUAAGAAGGUCAAGGCCAAGAUUCUGUGUGCAGCCGAGCAAGAACAGCUGUCAGCCGACACUCAGGAGUCGAGUGAAAAAUGA